GGAAGUGCAACUAACGAGUUCCCCCCAUGCCAUUUGAUACUAUUGGCAGACAAUGCUAUCAAGUAUUUUCAAACUCAAUCAUACUUCUUUAUGCAAGGAAAAGCAGAAUUCCCUUUUACAUCAAGGGAGACAGAUACCUGUUUAUUAAAGAAGGACGAUCAUUUUAAAUCGUAAAAUGAUACUCCUUUAUUAUUAAAAGUGCAUAUAGACACGUGUAACAUGUCACCUAUAUAAAUCAUUCUUUUCUUAAAGCUUCUUUUUCUUCUUAUUAUGAAUCAACCUACAGUAGCUAUUAUAGGCGCAGGGUUCAGUGGUAUUUGUGCCUUUGUUCAGCUUAAGACACAACUUGGUAUAACAGCUACUGUGUUUGAAAAGAACACAGGUAUAGGAGGAACUUGGUUUAAAAAUACGUAUCCUGGAUGUGAAUGUGAUGUAGCAAGUCAUAUUUAUUCGUAUAGCUUUGAAUUAAACCCAAAUUGGUCCAAGACAUUCAGUCCUCAGCCAGAAAUCUUGCAUUAUUUAGAGACCACCAGUGCUAAAUACAACAUGAUGGCACAUACAAAAUUAGGCACUCAAGUCAUCAGGGCAACAUGGGUAAAGGACAAAAGACAAUGGCAACUUGACAUCCAACACGGUGGAGUGACUGAGAGAGUUUAUUUUGAUCUGUUGUUUUCGGCUGUAGGUACAUUACAGAUACCCAACAUACCAAGUGUAUUUCAUGACUUUAAAGGUCCAGUGGUUCAUACCUCCAAUUGGGAUAGUUCCUUAGACUAUCAAGGUAAACGCGUGGCCUUAGUAGGUAGUGGAGCAAGUGCUAUUCAAGUACUACCUUACUUGGCCAGUAAGGCAGCUGAUCUCAGUGUCUUUCAAAGAACAGCUCCUUGGGUCGUACCAAAAUUUGUUUCAUUUGUGCCUGAAAAAGUCAAGAAUGCAUUUAGACAGUUUCCUUUCUUGAUGACAUUCUAUCGAUGGACCCUUUAUCUCUUGUUUGAGUUGCUUUGGGUUUCCUUGGGUUAUCCUCAGUCAUUUCUAGCGCGGUAUUUUGAGCACAAGAUUUGGCAAGGAAACCAAAACACGUUGGAGAGACUAGGGCGUCCUGAUCUGGUAGAGAAAUUAAAGCCAGAUUAUAUUGUGGGAUGUAAGCGAGGUGCUUUCUCCAAUGAUUAUUAUCAGAUCAUGACACAGCCCCAUGUCUCCAUAGUAGAUGUACCUAUCAAACAAAUUCAGGAUAAUACUAUCAUAGCAGAAGACGGCACUCAAAAACAAGUGGAUAUUUUGGUCUUGGGUACUGGAUUUAAGACCAACCAUGGUAUGUUGAGUGGUAUGGAGAUUAUCGGCAAACAAAGCCAAUCAUUGUCAGAACUCUGGGAACAAGAGUUACCAGAACUGUAUAAAUCAACAACGAUCCAUGGCUUUCCCAACUUUUUUAUGCUAUUGGGUCCUUAUGCUUAUGUAGGCCAUACUUCUGUUGUCUUGAUGGCUGAAACGCAAGUGAAUUACGCUAUCCAAUGCAUCAAGGAAAUCUGGUUUAAAUCGAGAUGGAUUGAACCCAAACAACAAGCACAAAGCGAUUAUAUGGCCAAAUUAAGAUCUCGGUUUACAGGCACUUCUUGGACACAUACAUGUACUUCUUGGUACAAAAACCCAAAGGGACAAGUCAUCAAUCUUUAUCCAGGCACAGCGACUCGUUUUAAAUGGCAACUGUCUCGAUUUCAAGCAGAUGAUUACGAACAAUAAAGCUCGGCAUAAUGGUUACAC